ACUGACAUUUGACAUCGUAAUUUUAGCCGUUUGUGCAGUGCACUUUGUUUUGUAGCAUUGGUUUUGCUGUUUUUAUUUCACAAAACAAAAACUGUGCUUUCGAAAUUACUUUUUGCAAUGGCAGGAGUACCGGCGGCAACAAAGCUAAUUUUUGUACUAAGUUUAAUUUUCAAUUGUGUUCAUUCUACGCUAUUUGAGAGCGACUCCUGCUAUUCUUUCGGAAGCGGCAAUGUGUUUCCCGGCGGUGCUCGGAAAAUUGAUCACAAAUUGCAAUUUACAAAGGCUAUGAUUUCAAAACCGGCUCCGGAGUGGGAGGCGACAGCAGUAGUUAACGGCGAGAUAACGCAGCUUUCUUUAUCUAGUUUCAAAGGGAAAUAUUUAGUUUUCUUCUUCUACCCAUUAGAUUUUACUUUUGUAUGCCCCACUGAAAUAUUGGCAUUUUCUGAAAGAAUAGAAGAAUUCAGAAAGAUCAACACUGAUGUUGUGGCAUGUUCAGUCGACUCACACUUCACUCACCUUGCUUGGAUCAACACUCCACGUAAAGAGGGUGGACUAGGAAAAAUUAACAUACCUCUUUUAAGUGACCUUACUCAUUCUAUUGCUAAGGAUUAUGGAGUGUUCUUAGAAGACUUGGGUCAUACACUAAGAGGCCUGUUUAUAAUUGAUGAUAAAGGCAUUUUAAGACAGAUUACAAUGAAUGACUUGCCAGUAGGCCGGUCAGUUGAUGAGACCCUGAGGCUGGUCCAAGCAUUCCAGUACACUGAUCAACAUGGUGAGGUAUGCCCAGCUGGAUGGAAGCCAGGACAGGAUACUAUAAUUCCCAACCCAGCUGAAAAAAAGAAGUACUUCCAAAAGGUUGCAGAUUAAGAUUAAAAUUGGGUUCGCUUUCUACAUAACAGCACAAGAAUUUCAUCACAAGACAAAAAGAUUUUUUGGUUUUAUUUUUUCUAUUUGGAAAGUAAUAAAUCGGUUGUUUUUUUUGUGAAAUAAUUAUUAACUGUCAAUAGCUAAACAAAACAAAAGGUUUCCAUGAUUUUUUAAUUCCUCAUAACUAAUAUAAAAUGCUUCAUAUCUAAGAUUCAGCAGAAAUUUAUUGCCUUGAUAAAAAUGAUUUUUAUAUUGUCUUUUUUAUAUAUAUUUGAUUAAGUAAUAUAAGCUAUCCAUUAGUAAAUGGAGCAUCAUCACAAUUUAGAGAAAAAUAAAAUGCAUUUAUUAUUUUUAACAUACAAUCUACAAUAUUUUAUUUAUGUAAAACUUAACAGGUUGACUUACAUAAAUAUUUUUCAUUGAAACAAGCUCUAAUCUUUUCAAAGUUUUGUUUAAAAACUAAAAAAACUCAGAAGUCUGUGUUCCUUGGUAAGAACUAAAACCACUAAUACAGAACUGGAAGAUGGGAGAAAUUUCUUUUUCUUCAUAUAUUUUGUAAAGUAAACAUCAGAACAACCUAUCCAAGCAAUACAUCAUAUUAUCAGAUUCUUUGGUAAUAAUUUAAAAAAUGCGAAUGUGUGAUUUUUGGUCUAUUCUUCAAUCACAAUGCAACAGAGCCAAUGAAUGUUGUAAUUUAUGGGCUGGGGAGAGUGGCAUAGGCUAAAACUUUUUAUACCAGGAACAUUCAGUUCGUAUUGGGUAUUCAUGCUCUUGCGCUUUCGCAUUUAUGCUAUCAGUGAAGAAAUAGGUUUACACUACAAGUGAACAAGUGUGUAUAAAUAUCAAAAUGAGAUUAAAAAAUUGUAAAAUACUCUGCUUCCACAAAAUACAUGUAUAAUAUAGUAUGUUUGAAUAAGCAUAAUUUUAGUUUUAUAUAAAUAUCCAGUGUUUCAAGACUGAUAUACAACAUAAUAUUUUUGCCUUAAUAGUGUAUAUGGAAUGUAAUAAAUUUAUUUUUGUAAUUUA